UUGUCGUUCUCAUAUCCAAAUGGGGGGUGUGGCCAUAACAUUGCAAUUGCUAGCACCUUCCAAUCGGUCCAGAAUUCAGAACUCAAUAACUAAUUAAAUAAAUAAAAAAAUAGAAAACCCCACCACGUUUUUCAGGACUACGCACCUAGCUCAUCGUUUUGACUAUCCUUUCUCUCUCUUCCCUGACCUCCAUUGAAGCUCUGAAGAAUCGGAGCUCACACCUCCAAACAAACAAACAGAUAUGUCUGGCAACAGCGAUGACUCAGCAAAUCUCAAUGCAGCAGAGCACGAAAAUGGCUAUGAUCAUGACCAGGAUUCACUCACCGUUCCUCUACUCUCCAUUCAGAGAUCGACCCCAAACAACACCUCUCAGGUCGCCAUCGUCGGCGCCAGUAUUUGCCCCAUCGAGAGCCUCGAUUACGAAAUAUUCGAGAACGAGUUCUUCAAGCAGGACUGGAGAAGCCGCGAAAAGAUUCAUAUAUUUCAGUACAUAUUCAUGAAGUGGCUGUUGGCUUUCCUUAUAGGUUUGAUCGUCAGCCUUAUCGGCUUUUGUAAUAACCUCGCCGUUGAGAAUCUAGCCGGUGUCAAGUUCGUCGUCACCUCCAACAUGAUGUUGAAGGGGAGGUACGGGAUUGCUUUUCUUGUGUUUUCCCUUUCAAAUCUGGUUCUCACUCUGUUCGCGUCCAUGAUCACGGCCUUUAUAUCACCUGAGGCUGCAGGUUCGGGUAUACCGGAAGUGAAGGCUUACCUGAAUGGCGUUGACGCGCCUGGAAUCUUUUCGUUGCGGACUUUGGUUGUGAAGGUUGUUGGCAGUGUAACUGCAGUCUCAUCAUCUCUUCUUAUUGGGAAGGCAGGGCCCAUGGUGCAUACUGGUGCAUGUGUUGCAUCACUAUUGGGUCAGGGUGGAUCAAGGAGAUAUGGUUUGACAUGGAGAUGGCUACGUUUUUUCAAAAAUGAUAGAGACCGACGAGAUCUUGUAACAUGUGGAGCAGCAGCUGGCAUUGCUGCCUCUUUCCGUUCCCCUGUUGGUGGUGUGCUAUUUGCUCUUGAAGAGAUGUCUUCUUGGUGGAGAAGUGCCCUUCUGUGGAGAUCUUUCUUUUCAACUGCUGUAGUUGCUAUUGUGCUCCGGGCUUUGAUUGAUGUUUGUUUAAGUGGCAAAUGUGGUCUAUUUGGUACAGGGGGGCUGAUAAUGUUUGAUGUUUAUUCAGCAAGUAUUUCAUAUCACCUUGUCGAUGUGCCUCCUGUGCUUGUCCUUGGUGUUGUAGGGGGCAUAUUAGGAAGUUUAUACAAUUUUCUCUUGGACAAAGUUCUCCGUUUAUACAAUAUCAUCAAUGAGAAAAGUGCUGCUUACAGAAUUUUUCUUGCUUGUUCAAUCUCCAUUUUCACAUCUUGCCUUCUUUUUGGAUUGCCAUGGCUUGCAUCUUGCCGGGCUUGUCCAUCUGAUGCAUCAGAAGCCUGUCCAACAAUUGGCCGGUCUGGUAAUUACAAGAAGUUCCAAUGUCUUCCUGAUCAGUAUAAUGAUCUUGCGAGCCUAAUAUUUAACACAAAUGAUGAUGCUAUCAGAAAUCUUUUCAGCAAAAACACCGAUGAUGAGUUUCACUACUCGUCAAUGGGCGUAUUUUUUGUCACCUGCUUUUUUUUAAGCAUCUUUAGCUAUGGAAUUGUUGCUCCUGCGGGUCUUUUUGUGCCUGUUAUUGUGACUGGUGCAUCUUAUGGACGUUUUGUCGGAAUGUUAAUUGGUUCACACUCAAACUUAAACCAUGGUCUUUAUGCUGUGCUCGGUGCUGCUUCUUUUCUUGGUGGAUCUAUGAGGAUGACGGUGUCUCUCUGUGUAAUCAUUUUGGAACUGACAAAUAAUCUGUUAUUGCUUCCCUUAAUAAUGCUGGUUCUUCUUGUUUCCAAGACUGUGGCAGAUGCUUUCAAUGGGAACAUAUAUGAUCUUAUUAUGAAAUUAAAGGGAUUUCCUUAUCUGGAAACUCAUGCUGAACCAUAUAUGAGGCAGCUCACGGUAGGCGAUGUGGUAACAGGUCCACUUCAGCUCUUUAGUGGUAUUGAGAAGGUUGGUAACAUAUUACAUGUUCUCAGAAACACAAAGCACAAUGGGUUCCCUGUAAUUGAUGAGCCUCCAAUCUCUGAAACUCCAGUUUUGUUUGGUAUAAUACUCCGCGCCCAUCUUAUUACGUUAUUGAAGAAGAAAGCUUUCUUAUCUUCACCAGUACGCUCAAAUAUCGAUGCCUUUAAGCAAUUCUCAUCGGUGGAUUUUGCAAAGAGGGGAUCGGGCAAUGGUGACAGGAUAGAAGAUAUAGAAUUGACUGAGGAGGAGAAGGAAAUGUUCAUAGACUUGCAUCCAUUUACCAAUGCUUCACCUUAUACUGUUGUGGAAACAAUGUCACUGGCAAAGGCUCUCAUACUUUUUCGGGAAGUUGGUUUAAGGCACUUGUUGGUGAUACCCAAGAUCUCUGGCAGAUCUCCUGUGGUUGGUAUAUUGACGAGACAUGAUUUCAUGCCUGAACAUAUACUGAGUUUGCACCCUUUGCUGGAGAAGAGCAAGUGGAAAAGAUUGAGAAUUCGAUUCCCCCUUCUUCGUAAAAUGUUUUAAGGCAUUUUGGCCAAGCAUCUCCAUUGCCAUUGAAGAGAAGUUUGUAAAUAUCCUUAUUUGAGCUGCUUUAAGUUACGAAAUCAUGAGAAGUGGAUGUCUCCACCUUUUCAAAUUUUUCAUGGAGCCAAGAGAUGAAGAUGACAAGAGAACGGUGGUCGCAUAUGUUUAAUCUGAAUAUAACCAAUACAUGCCCGAUGAGAUAGGGGUAAGCAAUUGUUUCAUGAUGUACUGCUACAUGUAAUGUUGUUUCUUUUGUGCGACAAUUGAAUUGUACAUUGCUUACAAAAAUAAGUCCUGAAUACCCUUAUUUGAGAACUUAUACUUGAAAAUUUGUUUCUAUGGGGAUGUGGUAACUGGUAACGAGCCUCAUCAUAUUCCUUUCUCCAAGUUCGACAGGUAAGGAUGAUGUAUGGUGGACAUUUUGUUUAUUUUUCAAUAGCGUUGGCUGACAUUGCUUGACAAAAUUUUUGUGGAGGGUGUACGUAGGUUGAUGAUUUUGUCAUAGGCAGCCCGAAGUUGUUGAGCUACAUAGCCCAGUAAAUCUAGGAGUAAAGGUACUCAAUUGGAGGGAAAUUAUUAUUCAAUACAAGAUGUGUAUAAUCUAAUCUUUUAACCAUGGAACCUCUUAUCUACUAGGUAAAAAGUUUGGGAUAAUUACUUAAGAUUAUCUUUAUAAUUUAACAUUUUUCUUUU